AUGCCUAUGUCCUACAAAGCAGCCGCUGAAGGUAAAGCUGUAAAGCCACCUCCAUUGGAAUCUCCUGGUAACAACUCUUUCUUAGGUGAUACUUUCUAUUCUGAUGCUCCAGCUGACAAACAAAUGUCUUGUGGUUUCUACAAGCAAGAAAAGGGUGAACCAUUGGUCUACAACUACACUUACGAUGAAAUGAAGAUCAUUGUUGAAGUAUCUGGUGAAUUUUUCAUUAGUGACGAAACCGGAUUCAAGGUUUCAGCUUCUCCAGGUGAUGUUUUUUACUUCAAGAAAGGUACUACUAUCACUUUUGAAGCUACUGACUACGCUUUAGCAUUCUUCACCGGUUUGAGACCACCAAUCUAA